AUGCUGAUUUGCCAGAAGAGCUCCACGGCUGCCAGCAACCGCGGCAAGAAACGGCGUGUUGCACCGUUCGAUGAUCUGAACCUCGACCAUGAUCGAAAACGAGGUUGCAGAUCCCCAAGGCUAUCUAGCCCGAACAGCCCCGCAGAGGAAGAGGUAGCAGAAGAAGAGGAGGAAGAAGCCGUCACUGAGGCCGGACCAUCAAGCCUUGCAUACAAUCCGGUUGAAUUCUGGACAAAGCAGGGCACCUGGCCGCCACCACAUUAUUCUGCACCGAACUUCGACCGCAUCCUUGCCCGGAGGCACUCGCAUUCGUCCUUUGUCCGCAAGAUAUUGGACUCGGGCUCUUCCACAUCGUCUAGCGAUGGGAAGCUGCCGAAUCGCAACGCAGCACCCUUUCGUGACCCGCUCCAUGGCAUGUUUUUCAAACCCAGAGACAGCACCAUGGAAGAAGCAGCACCAGAGUCCGGGAUCACGGACGAAAGCGAGUCCCAGGUCCGUGACCUCCUCACCAAUGAACAAGUAUUCCCCACCGGUACAAUAUUCGAUGAUGGGGUUUUCGCCGCUGCUUGUCGUCAACUGCAGGAUAAGAGCCAAGCAAGAAUCGUCCAGGACAUCUCUCGUCUGAUCGUCCCCUCGGUGGAGACACUCGCCCUCCGGGAUGGAAACCUCCGGAACCUGGUCGAGAGCGUCAGGGAGCGCUGGGAGAAUUCCAUCCCAGUGACAACCAUUCGCCCUCAGCCUGACUACUCGGUCGGCUUCAGACGGGAUGCAUUCUCCGAGCAGCAGCUUAUCAAGCUAUCCCCAUUCCUCGGCAACUUCCUCGGUGGGGACCAGUCCUUCUUCAUGGGCACCUCCUACAUGUAUUUCCCGUUCCUUACGUGCCAGGUUAGCUGUGGGCCUCAUGCACUUGAUACUGCGGACAACCACAAUACGCACAGCACGACCAUUGCGGUGCGGGCUGUCGCCGAGCUCUUCCUGGCGGUCGGCCGCGAGAGCGAGGUCAGCCGCAAGAUCCUUGCCUUCUCCAUCUCCCACGAUCAUUGCUGCGUCAAAAUUUACGGCUACUACGCGGUCUUCGAGAACGGGAAGAUCCAAAACUUUCGCUACCCCAUACAUCAGUUUGAUAUUACGGCAAUGGAUGGCAGUGAGAGGUGGACAGCAUACCAAUUUACAAAGAACGUCUAUGAGAAAUGGGCUCCGGGCCACUUUGACGCCAUCUGCUCGGCUGUCGACCAGCUCCCACAGGGAUUGGAUGUUGAGAUCUUCGCCCUCCGGAGCACAGGCCUUUCCCAGACGUUCGAUCGCCAGAACUUAUCGCAGUUCUCGACCGACUCGGUCCAGGUUGACGUAUGCGCCAGCCAGUCAAGUCAAGCCAUGGAGACGAGCAACACCCCACUCACGGCCUAUACAAUCCUUUAG